CAGGAUUUCCCAUUUCCAAACCUUAUCUGAAUAGAGGAGAAGUCUGCAAGGAAGAGGAAGAUGCCUUGGGACAGCCUGGCAGAGCAGGAGCUGAGCAUGGAGAGCAGGGAGGACAAAUGCCCGCGGCAGAACCUGGUGGAAGAGGCCGUUUUGAGCAGCUCCACGGCGCAGGAAGCCAAUGGGGAGGAAAAGCCCCGGAGAUGCCGCACGAGGAGGGGCUGCAAACGCAGCCCAGGAUGCUCUGAGGUGGAAAGACCCAGCCUGUGCCUGGAAGGCAGCCAGAGAUCUGGCCAGAGCUCUAAAGUGGUGGUCAAUGAGCAGCUUGAUGAUGGCAAGAAGCCCCACCAGUGCUUGGAAUGUGGGAAGAGUUUCCGCAGGAGCUACAACCUGUUCAUCCACCAGAGGAUGCGUACCGGGGAACGGCCCCACAAGUGUGGGGAAUGUGGGAAGAGCUUCAGGAUCAGCUCCCACCUGUACCGCCACCAGAAGAUCCACACUGGAGAAAGGCCCUAUGAGUGUGGGAAAUGUGGGAAGAGCUUCAGAGACACCUCUGACCUGAUGGUCCACCAGAGGAUUCACACCGGGGAACGACCCUAUGAGUGUGGGGAGUGUGGACAGAGCUUCAACGUCAGCUCCGACCUGAUUGCUCACCAGCGGAUCCACACCGGGGAACGGCCCCACGAGUGUGGGGAAUGUGGGAAGAGCUUCAGGUUCAGCUCCAGCCUGAAACUCCACCAGAGGAUCCAUGCUGAUGAACGGCCCUAUAAAUGUGGAGAAUGUGGGAAAGGCUUCAGGAAUAGCAGCCAUCUGAACCGCCACCAGAUGAUCCACACUGGGAUACGACCCUUUGUGUGUGGGGAAUGUGGGAAGGGCUUCCGUGACAGCUCUGACCUGAUCAUCCACCAGACAAUGCACACUGGGGAAUGCCCCUACACGUGCUCAGAAUGUGGGAAAUGCUUCAGCCAGAACUCCAAUCUGAUUGCCCACCAGAGGAUCCACACUGGGGAGAGGCCCUAUGAGUGUUCUGAGUGUGGGGAGAGGUUUCAGAGUCGAUACCGUCUCCUCAAGCAUCAGCAGAUUCACACAGAAUAGAGGCCUUUCUGCUACCCUGACUGCAGGAAGGGCUUUAAGAAAAACUCCACCCUCCUCACCCACCAGCGGAUCCACACGGGGGAGAGGCCCUGACAGUGUCCCAAGUGUGGGAAGAGCUUCUCCCAGAACUCUACCGUGACCCAACACCAAGGGAGGCAGCAGUAAGGGAUGCCCUACAAGUGCCCUGUGUGCAGGAAGAGCUUUGAGUGCUGCUUCAACUCCAUCCGCUAUUGGAGGACCACCAUUGGAUGGUCCACAGUGACCCUCACUGUGCAGAGACUUGGUCAUCCAUGGUCCUGGUGAUCCAUGUUGGGAAGACACCUGGCUGGUGGUCUCCACAUCUUCCUGGCUCCCCUUGAGCACUUUGACGCAGCCAGAGAAAAAUCCAUUGGGAUGCAAACAGACAUCAGAAUUUCAUAGGGGACAGCAGA